AUUACAAUUUUUCGACAACAAAAAUGGCAACCUUCUCUAACAAAACAUUCAACAGCGGCCUCUACGCUGAAUUUCGCCCUAUAUACAACAAGGCGACAUACGACUUGAUUUACGACUAUCAUAGCAAGAAGGGCGGUCAGUUUGAAGUCGCCGUCGAUGUUGCUACCGGAACUGGCCAGGCAGCUUCUCAUUUGGCCGACAAAUUCAAGAAAGUACACGGAACUGAUCUAUCAGCAAGAAUGCUGGAGUCAGCAGUGAAGAAAGACAACAUCGAUUACCAAGCUUGCCCUGCUGAAAGUCUUCCUUUUGCAGACGCCAGUGUUGACUUGCUUACCACAUUUGAGGCUAUGCAUUAUUUCGAUACCGAUCGCUUUUUUAAAGAAGUCAAACGAGUCCUAAAGCCUAAUGGCACUCUGGCUAUUUUGGUGUAUAAUCUCCCAAUCAUCAAGGAUGAACCAGAGAUGAAUUUGCGCUUUGAAGAACUUGUUUCUAUAGCGUUGAAAGAUUCUUGGAAUACAGGAAUGGAUUCAGUCAAAAGUCUCUACAGCAACAUUCACAUAAUCGGUAGUACUACAACUGAGCCAAUUCUGGAACAAAAGAUGAGCUUGACCCAGUUUAAGCAGUAUUGCAAAACUUGGAGUAGCUACGCCAGAUACCUCGAAAAUCAUACAGAUGAUCCCAUAGAUGAAAUGAUCGAUGAUUUUGCCAAAAUAGCUCAAGCUGAUGACCUUGACAGCCACUACAUAACACCUCAAUGGGCUACCUGUUUGAUUUUAGGCACCUAUAAGCAGGAGUAGACUUCAUAAUCAAAGCUUUGCUGUCUCUCUCUUAAAUAAAUAGUGGCGUCCUAUACAUAACUCCCAUUCUAUGGCAUAUUUAUCACAAAAAAGCAAAGUACGAAAAGUCGAAUAAAAUAAUACAUUCGUUUUAGUAACGAAUAGAAACAAACAAAUGUCC